AUGCGCAUCCCCGCUACUGCCAUGAUGCUCAGCAUGCUCCUGCUACUGAUCUUUUGCAUCCAAGACAUCGCCGCCUUACCAACCGAAGCGUCCGACAAUCUGUGGAAGCAUAUGACCAGAGAUAAGCUCAGUUCGCGCCGUGACCCAUAUGGGCUGCUGUCAACUGUAUCGACUCUCUUCGGCGAUACCGACAUGGCCGUACGCUGGGGCGAAGGCGGUAAAUCGACACUUUCAGGUUGGACGAAGCGGGAUAUCAAGAGCAUGAAGUGCUUCAUCCUGGGCCGGCCGACCGAGAUGAUCGACUACUACUGA